AUGAGACUCACCGGCAACAUGUCGCCCACUCCGCUCAAGAUCAUGAUUGUGGGCGACUCCAUCACACACGGCGAAGAAGGCGAUUUUACCUGGCGGUACCGAGUAUGGGAAUGGUUCAAGAACUGUGCGCCAGAGGUCGAUAUCAAGCUCGUUGGACCAGCUGUCGGAACAGUGCCUCCUCAGAUUCCACAGCCUCCUCAGCCACCAAGAUUACCAUGGGAGAAGGAGCCCGAGGAUAGAGACAUGACGUCUGGAGGAUAUUCUCGUUCCGCGUCCAAAGACUUCGACAAAUUUCACUUCUCGCAUACGGGUCGGCAAGUCGCCUGGGCCAUGGACAGAAUCAAGGAACAGGUCGAAACUUACCAGCCGGAUAUGCUACUGGUCAUGCUUGGCUUUAAUGACAUGGCUUGGUUUGUUGCUGGUGCUGAAGACACUAUCAAAAAUACCCAAAAGUUCAUCGAAGAAGCAAGAUCAGCCAAGCCAGACAUUCAUUUCGCCAUCGGAAAUGUCCUUCAACGGGAACACAUGCACGGACGUGACGACUUGGCCAAGAUGACUGCAAGGUACAAUUGUAUGCUACUCGAUGCCAUCCCGGAAUGGAGUAAGAAGAGUUCACGGGUCGAGCAUGUCGAGAUCGAAAGGAACUACGGCUAUACACCGGACGAAUGUAAGGGAACUCACGACGGCCUGCAUCCCAAUGAGCUGGGAGACUUCCAGAUUGCCAAGGCAUUUACGGAGACACUGCAUCGAGCUUAUGGUUAUGGAAGUAAACCACUGAAGGUGCCAGCCCAUAUCCCCGAGCGACCGUUACCGGUGCCGUCGAACAUUAAAGUCCAAGGUGUCUCGUAUGGCGUGCAAUGCACCUUUGAUGCAGUUUACGGAUCGCGAGGCUACGACGUGAGGCAGCGGGUGAAAGGUUCGGACGACUGGAAUGAGAUGCACAUUGGACCAAAUCAAGUCGAUAACAGCUUUACCGGCGACGACACAGAGUGGGAAUAUCAGGUGCGCUCGACGGGUGGUAUCGGACAGAAGGGCGAGUGGUCAGAAACUGCAAGAGGCCAAGCCAGGAGAGAAACCGCACCAGCUCCUCCAAACGGCAAAGUCUUCGCCACGCCGAAAGGUUUCGAAGCAUCGUGGGACGAAUUGCAAGGAUGGGAUGUGGACCGGUAUUGCGUGCUGUACCAGGACAAGACUUCGCCAGGAUUUCUCUGUGGGAAAGCUGCAGCGGGCACAACGGCUGAGGUUGAUGAUCUCGAGAAGGAUCACCGCUUCGAAGUAUGGGUGCAGACAUGGACGAGCAAGGGGCCUGGUGUACCCGCUGGGAUAGGAACGAUUGUUGUUGGAAGCGGUGUGUUCUCUCGGCCGGCGAGUGCGAGCCGACAGAAAUGA